AUGAAAGAUGUCACCAGCACCUCAAUCCUCCCAGUCAGAAUUGUUCACUUUGACUCAUAUCCAAUAUCAUAUUUAAAAGAUGGCGAAGUUUUUGGAGCUGAUGGAAAUUUAAUUCGUGAGUUCAGCAAGAAGCUCAACACAAGUGUUGAAAUUGCAAAUAAGCAGUCAGUCGGUCAUUCUUUAAAUGAUAUUUAUCGUUAUCUUGACACAACAGCAGAAAUUUCUAUUUAUAUAAAAGCAUCGCCGCACACGCAAAACGUUUUUAAUGUCUGGUUUAAUGAUAUGGAUGGUAUUUGUCUAUUGAUUCCAAGAAAUAUUCCAGUUACAGCGUUUGAAAAUUAUAAUUUGCCGUUGGAUAUACCUUCACUGAUCAUGGCUUCAAUCUCGACAAUCUUAGUAAUUAUUACUUGGAUUAAAAUUACAGCUAAUAUGUCGGUCAUGUCUAUUUUAUUCGCUGUUUAUGAACUGAUUCUAAACCUUGGAGCUUCAGACAUAGAACAAUUAACAUUGAGGGAGAAUUUUCUAGUUUAUUGCUUUAUAUUCAGUUCAUUUAUCCUAGUUUCACACUAUGAAAGUAUCAUACUUUCCUUAAUGCUCACAGAGUCAUCGUUAAGAUCAGCAUACGACUUACAAGAACUUAAUGGAAGCAGCACAAAAUUUUACACAUUCUACGAUAAAAACUUUGCUGAACGAGCUAACCUGCCAAUAAUUAGGAAUGAUUUGGUUUUGAAUUAUAUGAACCUUGAUGGAAACGCACUUCCUCAGGUUCCAGAGAAUUUUGAUGAGAACCUGGUAUACAGUGUCUAUUGUAAAUAUGCAGAAGCAUUCAUUCAUUCACAGAGGAACUUUCGAGAGAACUUACAAUUGUAUGAUAAACUUGUUGUGUCACAAAAUCUUCAAUCAUACACAGUAAGCAGUGGAUACUUCUUUAUUGAAAAGUUUCGGAUGUUUGUGAGAAAAUUAGAUGAGUCUGGAAUUUAUAAAUUAUGGGAAAAGCAGACAAUAAACGAUGCUUAUGUUAUGUCAACUGAAAGAAUCAACAAGAGUCCGCAAGAAGACAUGAUUGGCUUUGACGGCAUGUAUGUUCCAAUCACUUUAUUAUUGAUUGGUGCAUUAAUAGCGAUGAUAACAUUUCUGAUCGAAAAUACUGUCUAUCGAUUGAAUGACUACUGGAAGAAUUGCAUGCAUAAUAAAGUGAAUAUCAAGUCUAUGAAAAAGAAGUUCAAGUUAGAAAACUGGAAGAAUAAAUUCAUCUUCAAUAAAAGCUUCAAAAAAUAUCUGAAUUUAAAAUGUGAAAUAAUCAAAUCAAAGGAGAAAAAUGCACCAAAAUUAAGAAAUAGAAAGAAUGAGAUUCUUAAAUGUCGAGAAUCUAUUGGUGGUGGUUAUUUUAUAAUUGAGAAAUUCAUGACAACUAAUUACAGUAGGUUUAUAGGUUACAGGUGUGUUGAACUCCACUUCGUUGCACUUCGUUACGUUCAACUGUUUAUAGAUUACAGUAGGUUCAUAGGUUACAGGUGUGUUGAACUCCACUUCGUUUCACUUCGUUACGUUCAACUGUUUAUAGAUUACAGUAGGUUUAUAGGUUACAGGUGUGUUGAACUCCACUUCGUUGCACUUCGUUACGUUCAACUGUUUAUAGAUUACAGUAGGUUCAUAGGUUACAGGUGUGUUGAACUCCACUUCGUUUCACUUCGUUACGUUCAACUGUUUAUAGAUUACAGUAGGUUCAUAGGUUACAGGUGUGUUGAACUCCACUUCGUUUCACUUCGUUACGUUCAACUGUUUAUAGAUUACAGUAGGUUCAUAGGUUACAGGUGUGUUGAACUCCACUUCGUUGCACUUCGUUACGUUCAACUGUUUAUAGAUUACAGUAGGUUUAUAGGUUACAGGUGUGUUGAACUCCACUUCGUUGCACUUCGUUACGUUCAACUGUUUAUAGAUUACAGUAGGUUCAUAGGUUACAGGUGUGUUGAACUCCACUUCGUUUCACUUCGUUACGUUCAACUGUUUAUAGAUUACAGUAGGUUCAUAGGUUACAGGUGUGUUGAACUCCACUUCGUUUCACUUCGUUACGUUCAACUGUUUAUAGAUUACAGUAGGUUCAUAGGUUACAGGUGUGUUGAACUCCACUUCGUUGCACUUCGUUACGUUCAACUGUUUAUAGAUUACAGUAGGUUCAUAGGUUACAGGUGUGUUGAACUCCACUUCGUUGCACUUCGUUACCUAGUUAAGUCAAGUAAAGCUGUUCAAGACAUGAUUAACUGCUUAACAUAUCAAAGUCGUGUCCCAGUUCCCGUCAAGUCCCCGUCUUAA